AUGAUAUGCGGAACGCUUGUUGCGCCGGGCGACAAGGUGCUCGACGCAAUCGGCGACUAUCGUAUGGGAAAGGGACUUUACGAGGCGAAUCGGCGGAUUUUUGCCUCCGUCGCCGGCUACGUCAAUGUGUACGGAUUCAGAGACGUACGCCGCGGGGGUCCGAGGUCUCGCCACGAAAAUUGCGCGGUUUUCAGAAAUCGGAAAGUCUUGUGCAGGUGAUCGAAGUGCGACGGAGCGAAGAUCAGCUCGACAACGAACUUUUGCCCUUCCACGGCGCCGUGGUCACCGCAAAAGUGAUGGCGGUGGGUUUGCGGUGAGAAAAAGUCGUUGCGGGGCCCGAAAACAAAGCUUUUCUGCAGAUUCGCCAAGUGCGACAUCAUCAGCAUCGGCGACAAAGUGUACAAUAAACGGUUUUCGGCGCUGUUGCCCAAGAAAAAAUUGCGGCCGUUGGAGCCCGAAUUGGUAAGAAAGAGAUAGAAACGUUAAAAUUGAAGCGAAAUUAUGCAACUCCCCUUCGCUGUUUGAAUGUUUUCGAAUCCAAAAACCCGUGCCCUUACAGUUAACGCUCAAAAAAUACAAUUUUCAGUCGGAACCGUUCAAACACUUUGUCCGCCCGAACGACUACAUCCUGGCGAAAGUGUGCGACGACGCGAGCAUCAAGGACAAAUUCGUGUUGUCGAUCGCCGAGGACGAGUUGGGCGUGGUGUUGUGCCGCGGAAAGUUCGGAGAGCCGAUGCGGAAACUCGACUGGAACACUGUCGUUUCGACGCGGACCGGCAAGACGGAACCGCGCAAAAUGGCGAAGGUGCCGCAGAAAUGCGCGUUGCCGACAGACCAGACGCACGCUUAA